AUGACCAGCCGUGAUGAGGAAGAUAUCCAGGACAAUGAGGUCGACGAUGAUGAGAUAGAGAGACACUCCCUGUCGAUCGACAGCAUGCGCACCGCCUUGGAUGUGGGCAAUCACUCUGGCGCCUUGGUCGAGGUCGACAAUGUCCUGUCCAACUCAUUGAGGACAAUCGAGAGCGUCUUGCUCAAGCGAUGCAACCUAAAGAUGAAGCCAGAGGGUACUGUUUGGACGAGACGUGGCAAAUCAGUACCAAUGCCUGCACAGUAUCGAUUCAGUCAAGCCAAGCCUACCUUUCAUCAAUGUCUCCAAUUGCUUGUAGUCAUGGUCACCAGGAGGGAGGAUGGACUCACAGAUCUCAUUGAAGAUGAAACUGAGAGAGCCAAUGUAGUUAGACUCUGGGAGAUGAUAUACAAGUUGGUCAUCUUGCUACUCGAUCACACCAUCUAUCAAUGGAGAGUGUUGUGUGAGAGGUUUGGCAGAUUGCUAAUCAAUAUUUACAACAUUGAACCAUCCUCAUAUCUUCACAUCUUCAUACAUCAUUCUGGCGAAUAUAUGGAGCUGUACGGCUGCUUAAUGAUGUUGUGUAACAUCGCAUCUGAAGCCAAGCAUGGUUCCAACAACACAGCCAUUAAGGCAUCCAACAAACAGAGACGACCUGGACAGAUAUGCAAGCAACAGGUGACCAGGGAUAUGAUCAUGACCAAGCUCAUUGAGAUCUAUCGAAAGGAUGACGUAGCACUUGCCACUUAUGUGAGCCACUCGAGGAAGUUCUAUGAGGACAACUACAACAAACACAUCAAGGGCCAUAUCAACAACUACAUGGCCGACGUUGCCUUCCGAUCUACAUUUGGCCUGGAGCCUGACGACUUGUCUCAUCCACCAUGCCCAACUGCCUUCAAGUUGAAUCAGAUGGUCACGGCAAUGACCAAAGAAGAGGGCGACGAUUAUAAGAGCUGGUGGCCUGGGGAGGUUGUUGGCUAUGACCCUGAGAAUGUGACCUAUGACAUUCGAUUCUGUGUCAAAGGUCAAAGGAGGACAUCUCUAUUUCAAACAGGAAAUGACUAUGUUAUUGAUAAAGGUAUUUCCGAGGCGAACAUCAUUGAGCACAUCAUUCAAGAGUGUCAAUCAAUCAAUAGUAGCCAAGUAAGAGAUGGUCUUGUCUGUCUAUUCCACGUACCUAAAGUCAAACACUACUAUCGAUCUACACUACACUUGAAUACUGUCAUUGGGAAGCAAAGACUGACGGCCAAGGUGAUGGAUGGCAAGUAUGCCAACAAGAGCUAUUCUGUGAACGAUCUAAAGGGCAUCUUCGCGCCUUGGGAGUGUGAAUUCACAAAGUUGCCAACUGGUCGCUCUGCCGUGACUUGA